GAGAUAUUGACAGACUCUGCCGAGUUAGGGAACCCCUUCCGCGCUGAUAGGACGAAAACAGAACUCUGGAAGGAGAACCCAAUGAACAGCCUCGAUCAAAAUUGUAACGACCUAAAGAAACGCUACGAGGAGUGUUUCAACGCAUGGUUUUCUGACGGUUUCCUCAAGGGAGACUUGCGAGAUCCGUGUAAGGAGAUAUUCCAGAAUUAUACAGGCUGUGUGAAGAAAGCAGUUGAAGAGCACAAGAUCAAUUUGUGGGAAAUCGAGGCGGACAUACUAGGAACAGAGAAGGAAAGGCAGCCACCUUCAUCAGAGAAGAAAUAGUCCGUUCGUCAGUUCGUAGAUUUACCUCCCACCGAUCGGAUCUUUAAACUAAUCGGCAGUUACCUUCGAAGCAAUCGGUGAUGGCUGCAGGAUAUGAUGAAGAUUCUUCGAAUCAAUCGCAAAGUGACUUCACUGAGGACGAAGACGAUCAAGGGUAUCAACAAGGAGAAUUACCCGAGGAGGGACUAGACGCCGAUCUCAAGGGACAGAGUCUAGAGCAAAUUCUCUCGCUCAAAGACUCUGUGGGUCUCCGGACGUAUAAGACCGCGAUAGGUCUGGAAGACGUCGGAAAAAGCAAAACGCGGAGAAAGAAAUUUAGACGGGAGAACAAGAACCGUCCAAGGGAGAUCAGCUCGAAAAUUCCAGUCUCGGGAGCGAGAAAUAUAUUUGCCGUGAAGAAAAAAGUUCGUGCUGAUCCCCGCUUCGAAGAAGGCUUUGACGAGGUUCAAUCGAGAAACAAGAUCAAGGCUGAGCACCGGAUGAGACAACGUCAUCGCGAAUACUCCUUCCUGGAUGAUAUUAGGCGUAAGGAGAAACAGGAGCUGGAAGAGAAGCUUGCUGAGGGCACGUACGAUCUCGAUGAGCACCGCAAAGCGCAGAAGCUGCUUCAGAAGAUUCGGUCUCGUGAAGUCACGCAAACACAACGGAGACUGCGAACUGAUAUCGACCAGAAGUAUUCGAGUUUCUUGAAGGAAGCUAGAGAGUCUGGGCAAGAGGUGAAAUACAUGAACAAAAAAGAUCGCAAGAAAGCCGAGCUCAUCAGCAAGUACAAGGAGCUGAAGAAGACCGGCAAGCUAGACAAGUAUCUCGAAAAGAAGCGUAAGAAGAACGCCUCGCGGGAUAGGAAGAAAAUGUUGCAGGUCUGAUGUGUUAUUAUUACUAUGCAUCCCUCUCUGGGGAUCAGACUGAGUCGAUCGCAAUAA